UUGUCGUAACAGCAAAUGAUCUUUUAGCAGUAAUUUUGGCGAACGGACAGAGCCUAAGGUCUUUUGACGGCAAGGCAAGAAAAACUUUCAUUGUGUUUCUCGUCUUUUGAUUCCAAGAAUAAUGAUCCGAUUCAUAUUACUGCAGAACAGACAAGGCAAAACUCGUCUUGCCAAGUACUAUGUUCCUCUCGAGGAGUCCGAGAAACACAAAGUCGAAUACGAGGUUCAUAGAUUGGUGGUGAAUCGCGACUCAAAGUUCACAAAUUUCGUUGAGUUUAGAACGCAUAAGGUUAUAUACAGGCGCUAUGCUGGAUUGUUUUUCUCGUUGUGCGUCGACAUAACGGACAAUGAGUUGGCUUACCUUGAAUGUAUCCACUUGUUCGUCGAGAUUUUGGAUCAUUUCUUCAGCAAUGUAUGCGAGCUUGAUUUGGUGUUUAAUUUCCACAAGGUAUACUUAAUACUCGAUGAAUUCAUUCUUGCCGGAGAGCUUCAAGAAACAAGCAAGCGGGCAAUCAUUGAGAGGAUGUCAGAGCUUGAGAAGCUGGACUGAUGACAUUGGGAAAUUCAAUGAUUUUCAAGAAGGAAAAUCAGCAAUAGGAGUCUUCUGAUUUGCUCUUUUCUGUCAUGUUCUGUCUACAGUUCUCUGUUUCCAGUGAAGCUAGCAGAUCUUAAACACACUUGUCAUUUUUAUUUUCUUAACCUCAUAUGGUAGGAAAAAAUGUAUUUGGGCAACUAGAAGGAAAACUUGUAGUAUGAGACAUUGUAUUCAGAUCCUGCCCUUGCGCACAAUGGUUAGACAAACAAAAAACAAAAACAAAAAGAGUUGAUAAGUAAAAACAGCAUGCUUUGUGAUACACCCUUUCAAGUUGUAUCAGUUAUGUAGAUGCGGAGA